GAUAAGCCAAACACAAUAAAGAAGAGACCUACCCCUACCCCUUCUAUCACCGAGGGCGCCAAGCCCAGAUCGGUGCUACCUGAACCAGUGUCUCUGCCUGAACCCAUUUUGGUGUUCAUUGUUUAGGUGUGAAGUCUUGUCAAAAUAAUUCAAAAUGAUCUAUAAACUAUUUGAUUCAAUCAGUUGAAAACAGGGUUUUCUCUCCAAGAAUAGCAAAAAAGUUUCUUUAAUACCCCAUCCAGAUGUUUGACGGAAGACACAAGAGAUAUCAAGAACAUAACUCAGCCAAAAAUGCUACAACAGUGAAUAGGCCUGUUUUUCAGAAGCUACAAGUACAAGCAUGAGUAAGAAAGGUAGUAGAUCUAAUGUCACAAAGGUGAAAUCAAGAAACUCCAGAUUGGAGAGUGGACAGGAAGGGACACUGCGACAACGGAAAGUAUCAGCAGCAACCAUGGCCAAGUGGAAACCCAUAUCUGCCCCGCUGAAGUUGACCAUCAUGACGUUAUUGGAGGAUUCCAUGAGCAGAUUCACUGGGCACAACGAUGAUGUGGAGUCAGUCCUGUCAGAUGUGCGCAGAAGUGUUUCUCAUACUCUGAGAAAUUUGAAAGCACCGACAGAUGAUCCCACAGACUUUGAUAGAAUUGAUUCUUCUAUGGCGACCUUACUAGAAGAGAAAGAACGGCUCGACAAGCUAGGAGAAAACCUGACGGAAGCCGUGCAAAAAUGUAAAAGUGAUGUUGAAAGACUGGAAAAUGAAAUGGAGAACUGCACACCUAAUGGAACACAGCAGGUAAAUGUUCACCCCAUCUUAAAGGUCCUGUCUGAUGGAGUCUCUUGACUGACAAGUUUGGAGAAAGUCUGACCAGCGAAACACACAAACACAUUGCUGAGGUGGCAAGGAUGGUUUGAGGCCAAAUGAAUGUUUCCAUUUUCUUUAUUUACUUAGAGUUAAAGUUUCUCGUCUCAAAAUUACAGAUGAGUGGGAGUGACUGCUCUUCUUUGUUCUAUGCGUUCCGCUAAUUUCUGAAAUUGCUUCAUUUUUUUAAAACCUAGAUUUAGUAGUGAAAGUUUCAAGCUUCCUAAUGUUGAUGGUUAACUCACUUGAGCCUGAGCUAUUUCUCACCCACCAACCAUUUCAGCCUGACAGUUUUAGGGCAUAUUGAAUUGUUAACCAUAAAAAGGCCAUGAAAGCCAUCAUAAUGGAAUACAUGCAACAAAAAAAAGAAAGAAAAGCUCUCACAGGAAAA